AUGCCUCACUCCAAAUGCAGUUGUCACAGCAGCAAGACAGAGGUUGUCAAAAACGAAAAGACGGGUCGUGGCCUUCUGGCGAAGAAUGUACCUGCUUCGAAGCCUCUGGGUCUUAGCGAGACCGUAGCCACAAAGUUGGCCCUUGAUGCGUUGGAGAAUUACAGCACCCCGGAUUUAAGCCUACCGAAAUGCCAAGUACAUAAACGAGACUAUCACUGGUCUCCUUACCAUCUUUUUGAGACCCUUGAUACCAGCCUUUUCCGUGGUGUGCUCAAGGAUCAGAUUUACCUUCGAUGGGAGACUUUUGCGCCCGAAAUCCACGGUAUUACUUUCAAACCAGGCGUGCGGGACACAAGAAUUACUAUUGAACUAAAUUCAUUCCUUGCAUACGAAGAGAACGUGCCGUUUCUAAUUCCCUUUCUCAUUCAUCACAUGGUUCAUGCAUACUUCCUCGUAUGCUGCGAUGCUCAGGGAAAUGACCAGGCAGAUAACCACAGUCUUCAGCACGGCCUUGGAUUCAGCACUUUGAUCUACAGAAUACGGGAAGUAUGUCGAGCCCAGGGUACCCGGGCAGUUCGCACCUCGUCGAUGCCCUCGAGACCGUGCGCAUACCGAAAUCCCGUCCGAGCAGAUCGUCAUAUCAAGCGCGCGGCCCAGUCAAAGGGGUGGAGCUAUUGCCUUUGGUACGGGGAUGAUGGGCUUGACAAAGUGCUUUGCCGGGCCCAUAUGUCGACUCUUGAUGAGAUGAAACUUCACGACGGCAAGGACGGGAAACCAACUCCCGAGUUAUACCCAAAAUCACACUAUCUUCACACGGCCCAAGUGGAUAAGGCUUCUUUCGUUCCGGUUCUUCGUACACGCUAUCCAGCUUCUCCUGAGGGAUAUGUUGAACUCCAUUUUGCAAACUUCGCAGUUCCUUUCCCUAGGUCGAAAUUAACACCAUUCGAAUCGAUCAGUUCCAACAUUCCUCAGGGAAAUGUGUCUAUUAAUGUCCCAGCCCCCUCCAAUCAUCUAUUUUUUGCGUUUUAUUCCUUUCUUCUUAAUGAGGAUUACCCUCCAGAGCUGGUACGGGUUAGCACCCCGUAUCUCACCACCACUACGGCCCGGGGUCCUCCUUCAAUUGCUACGUUCCAUCCUAAUACACCUGCAUAUUUGGUCAAUGAUAUCCAGAUGUUCGUACUCGGCAGUCGAAUGGCCUUUGAUGAGCUCAAGGAGAAGGCUCUUGAGCGGCUCUAUUCCAUGAGCGAGACACACAACGACCCGAUGGCCGUGCUGGAGGAAAUAUACAAUGAAGCUGACCUGGAGAAAGAAGAACAUAAAAAUACUUUACGCAACUGGGCCCGAGCCUUUCUUGCAAAGAAGAUCGAAAAGUCAGGAGAGACCAAUAUUCUGAUUCUUCAGAAAAGCGAGCAAUGGAAAGAUCGAUUCAUGGGACUUAGGAAGAAGAAUCAGCUGUUUAACAAGGACUGUAGCGAGACAGAGGACGACCUACUACUUAACAAGGCCCUCGAAGCCCUUGAAAAGGGAGAGAAGAAAGACCAAGACGGCGAGGAUGGAAAAAAGGACGACACGAAACAGCUGGGCGGCUUAACCCCUAGGGAGCUCGAAAGCCUCUGCCAGUGUUUUCCCGAAAUCUUUAACCAGCUUGUUGAACAAUGUGAAGCGGAGAAAAGAGCCAAGGACGAGAAGGAGAAAAGGAAGAAGGAAAAGGAGAAACAAGACCAAGAUGAAAAGGCGGAAGCCAAGGAGAAGGACAAGGAAGAAAAGCCAUUAUCAUGCGCGCACCAGUGCUCCCAUUACCACACUUCCCCUUCUCCCGCUUUCCAUGGACAAGAGCAUCCUUACGUUUCGCACGAUCUAUAUUGUUGCCCUCAUGGCCUUGAUUCCGGAGCAUACCUGUAUCCCGCCCAAAUUCCUGCGGUGUAUGGGCGUCCUAGAACGCCGUGCUAUCCGAUCCCGCCUCACUAUUGA